AUCGAAAGAAGUAUAACCAUGGACAACGCUCCCAAAUUCAAUACACCACCACCCACGACAUCCAUUUUCCUUCUCAGUUUCCCCGUACCCAAAGUCCUGCUGGUCACUAUCAAUCGCGAGCAGCAAAGGAACUCCGUUCCCGCCGUGGGACACUCGGGGGGCUUGCAGAUUUGGCACUGGUUCGAUGACGAGCCGUCGCUCCGCGUGGGGAUAGUGACAGGAAAAGGCACUAAGGCUUUCUGUGCGGGCGCUGAUUUGCUGGAGCACCGAGACCCGCCUAGUCACUUCAACUUCGCAGCCCCCGUCCCCGAAGAUGGGUUCAUGGGACUCAGUUUGCGUCGGGGAAAGAAGCCCGUGAUCGCGGCGGUGAACGGGAUGGCGCUUGGCGGGGGGUUUGAAGCGUGCCUGAAUUGUGAUCUCGUCAUCUCCUCCCCAGAGGCCGAAUAUGCUCUGUCGGAAGUCCGCAUUGGAGCGUUCGCGGCCGGCGGGGGUUUGGCUCAGAUUGUUCGGGCGUGUGGCCUGCAGAUCGGGAGUGAAUUAGCAUUGACUGGACGACGAAUGUCCGCCCAGGAGGCAAAGAGUCUGCGGUUAGUCAACAUUAUUGCCAAAUCGCCUGAGACGGUGGUGGAUGAAGCGAUCACGCUGGCGACACAAAUUGUCAACGUCUCGCCGGACUCGGUUGUUGUCAGUCGAUUUGGGUUGAACGAAGCUAUGGAGGUUGAUACUAUCGAACGACUCACGCGCCGCACGACGAAGCAAUACGGAAGAGUUCUCAUGCGGGGCGAAAACUAUCGAAUUGGCGUGGAGGCUUUUGCGAAUAAGAAGAAACCAAAAUGGGUGGACUCGAAGCUGUGAUCAGUGUGUUUGAAGGGUUUGUGUUUGGUUCUUGCAUAUUUUGAGCUAAAUGAUGACAAAGGCAGGAAUGAACUUGACGGAGUGUAGAGCGAGUAAAUGUAGCGAGGAAUCCGUGAUCACCUGACCAGAGAAUAUGGCCCGUUCGCAAUGAAUGUUUUGAGGGCAC